AUGGAGCUUAUUAAACCUUCCAACAGUGAAAUUCUUGAGCAGUUGAGACAUGGGUUUGCUCGGUUCGAGCUUGUUUCGACUCCUACUUCUUCAAUUUCAGAUUCAAUCUCCUCCACUUCACUACCCGCUUCGUUCUUAACCGCAACGCAAGGAAAUAGCUAUGUAUUCUUCGCCAAAAUCGGUUCUUCGAUGAAUCGAUCUCCGGCAGCGAAAAAGGUUGAGCAGUACGCUGUUGAUAGAGUUACUGGGGAUGGUCGGUGUCUAUUUCGAGCAUUGGUGAAAGGAAUGGCAUUUAACAAGGGUCUUGCUCUUAACCCCCGGAAAGAGAGAGAUGAUGCAGAUGAGUUACGGAUGGCGGUGAAAGAGGUUAUAUGCAAUGACCCGAAAGAAAGGGAGAAGUACAAAGAAGCUUUAAUAGCUAUCACAGUGGAUGAGUCUCUCAAACGCUAUUGUCAGCGGAUUGGAAGACACGAUUUCUGGGGAGGAGAGUCCGAGCUACUAGUUCUUUCCAAGCUAUGUAAACAGCCAAUCAUCGUCUACAUACCAGAGCACGAGCAUGGGAAAGGAGGGUUUGGGUCGGGUUUUAUACCGAUAGCAGAGUAUGGAGCCGAGUUUCGCAGAGGCUGGGGAAAAGGGAAGACAAACAAGAAUGUUCUUCCAUCGUUUCUUCGAGAGAUUCAUUCCAUGGAGGAGCUCAAACUUACCAACAGUAAAAUUCUCGAGCAGCUAAGACAUGGUUUCGCUAGGUUCGAGCUUGUUUCCACUUCUACUUGUUCUGUCUCAGAUUUAUUCUCCUCCACUUCUUUAAGCGCCACGCAGGGCAAUAGCUAUCUGUUCUUCGCCAACUUCUCCUACGGUGAUCGGUAUCCGGCGAAUGAGUCCUACACUAAGGAUAGUCGGAGUUUAUUUCAAGCACUGGCGAAAGGUAUGGCUGGUGACCCUAAGCAUGAGAAACCCUCAGCAGACGAAUUACAAAACGCUGUGAAAGAGGCUAUAUGCAAUGAAAAGAAGAUGUACGAAGAAGCUUUAUUGUCUAUCACAUUGGAAGACUAUUGCGAGCGGAUUGUAGGACACGAUUUAUUGGGAGGGAGAUCCGAGCUACUAGUGAGUUCUCUCUCAGACAUUGUUCUUUCCAAGCUAUAUAAACAGCCAAUCAUCGUCUACAAACGCGUGCAAGAGAAUGGGAAAGACGAGUAUAUACAGAUUGCCCAGUUUGGAGCUGAGUUUCGCAAAUAUUGGGAUAAACUUAGAGGGAAGAAUGUUGUUAAGCUUGUUUUCAGUAACAACGGUUAUGAUUUGCUUCACUAG